UUGCACGCGCAGAGCAGCUGUCAUGUGAUAGUUGCUGCUGUGGCCACUCGGAACCUCUGAGCGACGCACUGUUGCUGACACUAGCUGGCUAAGUCUGUAACCCUUUUUUUUUUAAAUGAAGUCUAAAUAAACCCCAAGCCGAGUUGUAUGUUUGUUAGCUGCUUUCUGCGGGAAAACCGGGAAGCCGGAGGGUACCGGACGCUGCUGCCAUGGGGUGCUGUUACAGCAGCGACAACGAGACAGCAGACCAGGAUAAUGAACGCAAGCCGCUGAUCACCCACCCGAACCCUGUCAGCAAGCCCCCAAAUGGCACAGACUGGAUCACUCCUACGGUCCCCUCAGCCCGAACAGAUGAACAGGCCCUGCUCACAUCCAUCCUCACCAAAACUGCACAGAACAUCAUCGAUGUGUCGGCGGCUGACUCAGUCAUUAUGGAGCAGCAUGAAUAUAUGGACAAAGCUCGGCAAUACAGUACAAAACUUGCUGUAUUGAGCAGUAGUAUGCCCCAGAAGAAAGCCCUGGCUCUCCCCUCCCUUACCAGCCAGCCCCACCAAGUGCUCGCCAGUGACCUGGUGCCAUACUCUGAUGUUCAGCAGGUAUCCAAGAUAGCGGCAUAUGCCUACAGUGCAAUCUCUCAAAUCAAAGUGGAUGCUAAAGAAGAACUAGUAGUCCAGUUUGCCAUUCCUUGAUCCUACAACUCUGGCCUGCGUAUCGCUCCUCCCAACGUGUGUGUGUGUGUGUAUGUCUCUGUCACUCCCGCAUCUUCAUACCUUCUCUUCACCCAUUUAUCAAAGUCUUGCGCUUCUUGGCUUUGGCUCUAAAUGCAGCGUAGACACAGACAAUGGAACGUAGUACCACAACGGCCAUAUCAUCACACUGUACAAAAUCGUAGGUCAAUGAGAAGUUGUUCUGCCUUACAAAACCAAUGGCUCUAUCAGUGCACAUUUAGGAAAUUGGCCUCCCCUGGAUCACGACUUUAGCCAAAAUAAAAUGUGGAAGUCCUGUCAUUGAUAGUUGUUCUUUAUUAUAACUCAUUUCAUUUUCAUGUUUGUUUACUGUGAUCAGUUUUGGAUAGCAAUCUGAAGGAGGUUAUAUUAGUUUAAACUAAUAACUUUUAUUGGUAAGCAUUUCAACUCGAUACACAGCUCAAUACUAUAAGAGUAACUGACAGGCCAUUGUUUUGUCUGUUUACACUGUUGAGGAUGCAAUAGGCUUCACUGCAGUGAAGUUUGGUAUCGAUUCAAAUCCUAUACAGCACUGGAGGCCUAUGGUUCCGGAGGUGGGAGGGAGUCUAUGCGGGACAGAUGAUGUGUAUUUUUUUGCCUUUGUACAGAACUUUCUGGCUAAUUCUAAAGCUGAAGAUGAUUGUAGAAGGUGUUUUGUAGAAAGUUAACAAUUGGCUGUGAUCUGGGGUGAUGACAACCAUUUUUAUGAAAACCAACAACACUUGAGGGCUGUGUUUGUCAGCUUUCAAACAAAGCUUUUGGCUGCCGAUUGUAAUAUGAUUUGUUCGUAUUAAUCGAAAACUAACCAGUGUAGCAGUGUGGGGAGAGCGUUAACAAUCCAUUGUACCACAACAGAUCAAAGGAUCAAAGAGCUUUUUUGAGAUUAUUUAUUUUGUGUUUUUAAACAUUUUGCGUUUCAGAGAAGAGCGCAAGAAAACGAGCUGGGAGCACAGUGAGGUGCUCUAAAGGGAUCUCGUGUAAGGCUGUGAUUAUUUUAGCUGCACAUUUGAGCUGUUGGCAAAGGGUUCUUGGCAUUUUUUUCAGUUUUUGUUUUGUUUCUCAGAUGUGUAAUACUACCUGAACUGUAUUUGUAAUAUCUUAGGCUAGUACCCCAAAAACCUAGACCCUUUUUUUUGUUUGUUUGUUUAUUAAUUCAUUAAAAACUUCCAACAGCUA